UAUUUCAUUAAAAUAUUAGUGCAUAUUAAAUUGUAUGAAUAUUUUAUCAAAGCAAGUGAACGGUUCUUCAGAAAACUCAAAAUAACCAAUUUUCUAGUUGCGGCAAAUUCAUAUAUUAAAUAUGAAUAUGAUUGAUUAUUCGUGUAUUUACUUUGCCAAUGGUCAACAGAAAUAUUUUUGAUUCAGUGUUUUCUAUUUGGCAAUCCAUCACCAAGAAUGCAAAAUUUUGUUUAUCUCCAACAAAUUAUUUGGAAUGAGUUCAUUAAUGAGUUUUAAUUAACAAUUUCGUUAGUCCGUAGUUUAAUGUCGGAUAACAUUUCUCAUACUAUGAGGAGUUACAAAAUAAAUACGAAAUACGAAUAAAUAUUAAAUAAGAAAUAUUCUCUAAACGGCUAGUGAUACAUCAGUAGAGAAUCAUGACUCAUAAGUUAAGAAAUAAGAUCUUGAUAAUUUAUAAAAAAAACGUCAGGAUGGCUAUACUACUGACUCUGAUUGGUUAUUUUUAAUACGCCGAAAAUAUAAAAGAGCUCAUGUGUCUGGCACAGUCAUACACAUAUGCACACAAUCAUAUAACGCGUCCGUAUAUUGUAUACCUAUUUUUUGCGUAUAGAUACAUACUAAGUACUUAAAAGCCAUAUAUUUUGUUGGCACCGCCAACUCAACAGCAGUUAACAUUGUAGACACGGUCGAUGUUGUAAUUGACAAUAUACGUUACAGCAACAACUAUUCGAUAAUAUUAGGCAGUAGUGACAGUAGUGACAGCUACAACGAUACACGAUAUCACCAAUAACCGAAGUUAGAAAAUUUCAUUAGUUUUAUUGCAGUUUUACAGUUGUUUUCCAUAUUAAGACUUUUUUUGCAAGGAGAGGCACUGAGAAUUUUUUACUAGACUGCGCCAUGCUUUGAAAAAAAUUGGUUUCUUUUGGGAAGUUCAACGACUAGACAAUUAUCGUUACUUUAUUGGGAUUAUAUUUUCAUGGCCAUUAGGAUAAACGAACAAUAUUUUUAGGAUGGAGACCAGAGAAUAAGCUGACUUGCCAGUAGUCUGUAAUUAUCUGAACCAUAAAAUCUUACAAUUGAAUAGUAUCAAUAACCAUAGUAAAAUGAACAUGGAAAUCGUGGGUAAAACUGGUUCUCUUGAGAGCAUAGACAAAGGGCAAGUCAGCCAUACAUCGGCAACGUUGCACGAAAUGUAUGAUAUUCUACUUAGAGAAGCUUUCUUUUCGAACACAUCAUUUUGCCAUGAUCGUAUCAACAACACGGAACCAUUGCACACUACAUAUAGUUAUUGCAAUCGAUUUAGAAGCAGAGUCAACUGUGUUGGAGCGGACCAGUGUGAAAACUUGUUUGCUGUCAAUAAAAGUAGAGAGGAAAAGGUUUCCAAUGAUUUCAGCAGUAGUGCGACCACUGGCAACAAUGCAAAUAUUGCGUUAAAAAAGGCAAACAAGUCUUUACCACAAAAAGGACUAGCAUCAAGCACCCUGAUAUCCUGUAAAGUAGAUAGUAGUAACGGUUUUAAAAAAUACUCACAUCGGCAAAGCGAUGUAGUACCAACAUUACUAACUACACAUUUCCUAGCUGGCAAUGCUCGUGGUAUUGUUGCUGGAAAGUCAUCGGAUAGAUCGUCAUCGUCCUUGCCUAUUAACAAGUCUUUACAAAGAGGCUGUCAUCACAAAGUUAAGUGUCGUACAGGUAAAUCGCGUCGAAACCAAUCUAGAUUCAUUCAAAAGCCUGUGGGUGGUAUGAAAACAGUGACAGCAAAUGCGAAAGCAUCCAUUAAAUUACCAAAUACACCACUAACGCCCACAUCUGAGUCAGCGAUGGAGCAAUAUUUGGCGUCUUCAUCUAACACAACAUCAGCACCCACAUCAACCUCGACGGCAAUAUUAUCAAUAUCGACCUUAACUCAAACGUUAUUAGGCAUACCCGUUAUUCCGCAAGCUUGGCAACAAUUUGUGAAACUUCUGCAGAAUUCUGUAUCAGGAUUAACUACUUCAUCCAGUGUGUCAAAAACAAGCGUUAGAAAAACAACGAAAAAUACUAUAGCCAUAAGUCGACUUGACGAGACGAGCACAAUAUCAGGAGCAGCAUUAAUUGCAGCAGGAACCGCGACAGCGGUACGCUGUAAAGCAUCAACAACAGUCAUGGCGUCUAUGCAUUCAUCAGGCAGUUCUAUGCGUACGAAAUUCCGGCUGCUGCCAAGUUUGGGCGCGACGUCAUUUUUUACUUUAUUGACUCUCAUUUGCCUAGAGACUGUAUUACUCUCUACCGUCUCUAAUUGCGCCAAAACGUUUUAUAUGCAUUGGAACACAUCAAACAGCAUAUUUCGCAUAGAUAAUACAGAUCAUAUAAUUGAUGUAAACAAAGGAAAUUUAGCAUUCGAGUUUGAUCAAGUGCAUAUUAUAUGUCCCGUAUAUGAACCUGGCACCUUUGAAAAUGAAACGGAAAAAUAUAUAAUAUAUAACGUCUCAAAAGUGGAGUACGAGACAUGUCGGAUAACCAAUGCAACUCCGCGAGUUAUAGCCAUUUGUGAUAAACCACAAAAAUUAAUGUUCUUUACCAUAACGUUCCGGCCAUUUACACCACAGCCAGGUGGUUUGGAGUUCCUUCCUGGAAAUGAUUAUUAUUUCAUUUCAACAUCAUCAAAAGAUGAUCUUUAUCGACGAAUAGGUGGGCGAUGUUCCACAAAUAAUAUGAAAGUGGUUUUCAAAGUGUGUUGUGCUCCCGAAGAGAAGAACAAAACAUCAGUAAGUAGUGGCAGCUCCAGCAGUUCAUCUUCUGGUGGUAGCGCUAGCACUGGCGGUAAUGUAAUUGGCAUAAACACGGCUGACGGCAGUGGCCUUGCUACUGGUAUUGACAAUGCUGCCAAUGUAGAUGUUGUUAGUACUCAGAGCAAUAUAAAUCAACAUCAGCAUAUGAACAAUAUAAACACAAUUGGUAUCAAUGGUGUAAACACUGGUUUAAUACCAAUUGGCGGCGUUAAUAUUGGCGUCAACAGCGGGGUUGGCGUAAGCCAUGGUGGUAUGCAAAUGAAACCGAUGAACGGCGGUAGUGGCACAUCUAUCAAUACAAACAUUGAUCAAUUUAAUCGUAUACCAAUACAAGCUGGCGGGAUUAAUGUUAUGGGAAAUAACGUUGGAGGAGUGGGUGGUGUUGGCCUUGGUGGCCACGGCGGUGGUGGUAUUAUGCUAACCCCGGGAGGACAAGGAGGAAUAAACAUGAUUACGGGUGGUGUAGGUAUUGGUAUCGGGCAAUAUCCUGGACAUCCCGGACAGACUGGUAUACGCAUUAACAAUGUCGCGUCACAACAACAUCAUGCAACGCAUAAGAACAAUAACAAUAAUGACGAUCAUUAUGAUAAACAUCCAAAUGAAGUGGUAAAAAAUGAAGAGCUGACCUACAAUAGCGGCGCAACAUCGUUAAAACCAUGGUCUCCUUGGACGCCUAUUAGUGCAGUAACCAGUUGGAUUGUCUUCAAUAUAUACGGAUGGUUAAACAAUCAAAAUGUGACACCAGUACCAGUAUCAUCAACAACAGGUAUAGAGUUUUUAACGCGAUUGUGUAGCAGUUGCGAAAUUGAAGAAACAUCACCGGCGUCGCAUCGACAAAGCUUGUAUAUCCAAAAUAGUGUGUUGCACCUUUUACUGCAGUGCUUUGUUAAAUUUAAGUUUUUAAUUUCUGAUUAUUAUAUCUCAAUUACCUGUAUGAUUGUAAUAGCUGCUGUAACUAUUUAUAUUUUACAAUUUGAUAUACAACAACCCACAAUGCAGGAUAAGGCACCUCAAUUAGAAUUGUCUACCAUGAGAACAUGCGGGUUAAAAUCAAGUUGUCUUAAAAAUGUUAUCGUGACUCAUUUAUUGCUCAACACAUUUCAUUCAAAAGUUAGUCCAAAAUAUUCAUUUAUUUAUUUGCCUGCGUCUGUUAAAACUUCUGGAGAAGAAUCAGUAGGUUUGAUUUCCUUAUUUGAAAACCAAGAUACUUCACCCAAUGCGGCUACCCCCGCGAUUGUGUCUACGUUUAUUUCUAAGCAGCAUUUUAUGGUCUUUCGACAAGCAUACCAGAUUACAUCAAAUACGGGCGUAUUGCAAAAAUCCGGUCUAUCACUGGCCCAAAAUUGCCGCAGUCAAAUCUCUAGUGUUAGUGUAAAAGUGAAAAGAUUUCGGUGAACCUUUCAAUGAAGUCGUAUUUUAAAAACAUACCGUAAGCUUAAAUUAAAGUUAAUAUUAAGAAUUAACUAGCUUCAGAGAUAAACAGGUAAAAUAAAUUUUAAGAAAAAAAUAUUAAAUGUUAAAAUUACAAAUAGCCGUAAUGAUUAAAUGUACGAAUCUAAAGUUGUGGUACUUUGUAUUGUAAAUACAUUUCAACCUAAUUCUAUAUUGGUCGUAUACGGCACUAGGGCAAGCUUCGAUGCAUGUAUUGUAGGGCAAUUAGUAUGUACAUAAAUUACUGCUAUUAUAACAAUGUCUGAUUUUUGUAACCAAAACGGAAUAUCAUAAAAAAAAAUUUUGUUAAGUGAUUUGAAGAAACGUAAAAUGGUCUUGAAUUUCGCUAAUCCAACAAAUAAUAUGAAAUUUUAUAAACACCACAGUACUAAAUUGCUAUUGUGACCCGUAGUAGUUUAGAGCGCUAUGCUGUUAAUAACAAUUGAACAGAGGAAAUAUGGAGACAACCGGGAAAAUUUACUACUACCGAUCGAGACAGGGUUAGGUCGCCGAAAUAAGUUUAACCAAAGUAUACCUGAGAAUCGCUCUCGCAUCUUCGUUCUAGAUACUAUAUAUUACAUUCCUCCAGCUCGUGGCCUCCUGUUGGAUCACUUCAAUGAAAAUUAUUUUGCUCCAUUUUGUGUCCAUUCUGUCAAUAUUGGUAAAAUACUAUUAUUUCAUUUUAUUUUAUUGUGAUAAUAUUUUCAAAGAAUUUACUAUUUACGUAACAAAAUGUCCGUGUCCCGAAUAUUGCCUUUGGUCACAUGACAUUGACAUUCAGCGUAUAAAUCAAAAUUUUUAUUGCAAAGUUGCGUGCUGCUAAUAGAUGUCAGAAGUGCGAAUUCCAUAUUUACAAACCUAGCGUUUACAUAAAGGUCGCUCGAAUCGUGUUCGCAGUUGGAAUUAUACAUAUGUACAUGUUCAGCAAUCAUGCCUAAACAGCGAAACUGACCGAAACUGUUGUACGAAUUAAGUGCUGAACACAUAGAAGACGACAAGCGACGAGCGACAUCUGUCAAAUAUUAAAAUACACGCGUUCUUAUGAGCACAGAUUUUUUGACAACAGCACGACUUCACGACAAAAGGGUUGAAGUCUUCGCUGUCGCCAAAUUAGAAAUGUUUCUAAUUUUGCCGACGACAAUGGCCGCUGUAGAGCUGCCACUAAUAUGUGAAAUGUAAAAUUAUUCAAAAUUCUAACAAGUAUGACGUUAUUUUGCCAGCAGAAACGUAAAAUAACUUUGAUAUAUCAUUUAUAAUAACAAUCGAUAAUUUAAAACAAAUAAAUCGACCAUUUUUACAUUUUUUUCACAAAUAAUUUCACUUUAAACUAAAUAUGUAAAUUUUAUUGAAAUGAAAGAUGUUAGUACGGCAACAAUGAAAUUGCUAUUUGAUAUGUCGCUGCCGUCUUCAAUAUGUUCAAGACGCUGGCUUCAAAGCGACAUUUGUGAUCAGCCGUCGCUACGUCGUGUCGUGUCGUCGUCUUUGUGUUCAGCACUUCAUGUUGUAAUGGUUAGAAGUGCGCACCAUCAAUUCGCAGAAAAUGGGUUCGGUCUCACUAUUCGAUUACCGUCAAUCAAUAGCUUGUUUUCAUUUCUCUCAGCAAGUAAUAGAAUUUUUUUAUCAUUAAAAAUAUUUUCAUUGUAUCCAUAACUCCUUCGGGGGCGGUUUAUAACUUGUUUGCAUUUAUCUGGUAACAUCACAAAAUGUGAGAUACUUCAAUAAUGAUCCAGCAGUUUUGUAUAAGGGGAAAAUAGCAAAAUAAUAGCUUAAAACUAUAAACUGAUUAAUAAUAAAAUUUAUUUCCUAUUUGGCUGAACCAAUUUCUUUUUUUAUAAUGAUUUCUAAGAAAUGAAAUCUACACGUUUUUAACCUGUAUUUAUACCUAUCUUUUAUUAUAUUAUAUCUUUUGAAGAUUCUACUUUUUUAAAUCACUUAGUAGACGAUUUAGAUGGUUGAAAUAUAGCGACUGUAAUCGUUAAACCAAAAUCAUAUUUUAAUUGUUUCAAAUCAAAAUUUAACGAAUUUGGAUGCAUGGUUUCGCGUUGUUUUUGUGACGUUUUUGGUGCAUAUGAUCAUUUGAAUAGGGCAACAUUGCUAGGUGUAAGUAUGGUUAAAUUGCCAUAUGAUAUAUUUUAGUUAUUUUGUCUUCAUUUCCAUCAGGGUUAUUGUAGAAUUUGUUAGUUGUCGGAAUCAGCAUUCAAACCGAUAAAAUUUCUGUUAGAUGUCAUGCAUUAUAAUGGUUUUGAUAUAUAUGUGGUUAUAUAUGAAUCAGAAAUUAAUUGGUUUCCGGUGUCAUGGAUACAAUUAUUGGUUUUACUAUCAAAAACAAACCAAGAGACUCCACGCUGACAUAUUUGAAAUAUUACGUUCAACUUUAUUUCGAUUUGCGUUAAAAUGCUGUAAAAAAAUAUAAUUGUUAUAAAGUGUUUUUAUAAUUACGAACUGAAAAAAAUCGAGAUCAAAUAACACUUACGAUUUGAAUAUAAAGCUGUGAUUAUCUAAAAUCUUCUUGUUUUCUUUUUGACUAGAUUCAUGUUUUUAUAAUUACGAACUGAAAAAAAUCGAGAUCAAAUAACACUUACGAUUUGAAUAUAAAGCUGUGAUUAUCUAAAAGCUUCUUGUUUUCUUUUUGACUAGAUUCAUUAUCAAAUAAAAUAAAAGAUAAAACAGAUUCUAAUUUUAAACAUAUAUCUCGUUUUUAAUGCUUAUUUCGAUCAACAAAUUUGGUUUGAAAAAUGUUUUGAUUCAUGAAUAAAUUGUGCCAUAGCUGAUACGAAUAUUAAUUUUGGUUAUAUGUAAAAUGAUUAAAAUCUGAAUAGAUUCUGUGACACCAUUUAGAAUCUGGAUUGAUUUGCAAUUCUGUCUUGGAUUCCACAAAAACUCUGGUGAAUAAAUAAAUGUAACUAUAUUAGGUUCAAAUUUAAAAUUUUACAUAGGUUUAUUAUAUAACCUGCCGCUCACUGAAUAAUAAAUACAUACACCAA